UUUUUAGGGCGGGGAGCACUCUAACCAUCAAGUUCUGGUAGAGCAGGUUUUUGCAGGGUUAGUUAACAUUGAAACAACUUCACAGCCUACUUUUUUGCAUGUUCCUUUCCACUGGAGCUCUCACUCGUCUGAUCUAACGUGCCUUUAUCUUCACAACCACCAUGUUUCUGGCCCAAAAACUCAUAGGAGGGGUUCUGGAUGUUGUCAGCAAUAUUGACCCUGGGCAGUUUACUCCCUCUGCUCCACCUCCUGCCAGAAGCCCACUAGUACACAGUCAGGCUCAGCAGAAUGAGAAUGAAGAGGAAAGACAGUUUCGCAAAGUUUUCCUACAGCUCGCUGGAGAUGACAUGGAAGUGAGUGCCAAUGAGCUGAUGAACAUUCUCAACAAGAUUCUCACCAAACAUCACGACCUAAAGACUGAUGGUUUUUCGAUUGAGUCUUGCAGGAGCAUGGUGGCAGUGAUGGAUAGUGACAGCUCUGGAAAGUUGGGCUUUCAGGAGUUCAAGUACCUGUGGAACAAUAUCAAGAAGUGGCAGGGCAUCUAUAAAACGUAUGAUGCAGACCGUUCUGGGACGAUCGGGGCUGAUGAGUUGCCGGCUGCAUUCAGAGCAGCAGGGUUUCCUCUCAAUGACCAGCUCUUCCAGAUGAUCAUUCGCAGAUACAGUGAUGAAAGUGGCAACAUGGACUUUGACAACUACAUUGGGUGCCUCGUGCGACUGGACGCAAUGUGCCGUGCUUUUAAAACGCUUGACAAAGACAACAGCGGUUCUGUCAAAGUUAACAUUAAAGAGUGGCUGCAGCUGACUAUGUACUCCUAAAUCAAGAGUAAUGUACAUCUUCUCUGUUCAGUUCCAUGUUAUACUUUUUCACUAGUUCAUCAUAAGAAAAUGUCUCUCUGAUUUUACAGACUUUUUCGCUUCAUCAAAAAAAAAAAUCUUUUAUUGUUGCUUAAUUAGGCCUGAUAGCCCAAAUGUUGUCAUGUCAAUUUAGAUCAUGUAAAGUCUUGUCACUAGGGGGCACCUUUGUGUUUACAUAAUGCUUAACUCUAAAGGCUCCUACAGUUGGUUUUGUUGUUGAAUGACACCAUCUAACAGGAGUACAACUCUGUGCAACAAUGUUAUUUUGAGUUCAGCACAUCUCAGGACUACAUAAAGUUGAAUUUAAUUUGUUAAUUCAGUAAUCUUGUAAAUAUAUUAAGCCAUUCCCAGUGGAUAUUGGUAAACACUCCCAUUGCUUGUGGAUUGCAUAAAACCAAAAAAUGAAUUAAAAUUGUUUACAUUCCAUUAAAGCAAAAUUUGUGACUUUUUUGAGGCAUUUUGAGUGAAGUACUUCUUCUACACCUGUGUUCUGAGGAAGGCAAAGAUGAGAAGUCAUAAGAUGGGAUUGUAGUCAGAAAGUCUAUAUUGUUGGAGACAAAGCUGCAAAAAAGAUGAGUGUGGAUUCAGGUAUUUUCAUAUGGAAGAAAAAUAUAUGUCCACAUGUUUUCUCAUAUUAAAAAUCUACCAUCCCUUGUCUUUCAUUUUAUUUCCAAAAUGAUAACUUUACAGGAGAAGGAAAAACAUACUUAACCUGUAAUGGAAGUUAAUGUGAAAAAUUCCCAUGUAGUUUUGGACCGUUUCUAUUGGUCUGUUCAUCAUGACAUUUUAAUACAGUGUAAAACUGUGAAGUGGAGUUUUCAAAUAAAAAAAAGAGAAAAAUACAGAUACAGA